GAAAUAACCAUAACGCCGUCGAAGACGCCGAGCCGAAAACAGUGAACGACAUUCUACGACCUCUCCCUGAGGAUUGUGGAUGACCCUCGGCCAGGACGAAGAUCUACCCGCUUAAAAGUGAGCACUACCUAGACCCCUUGGUCCACACACGGGAUCGGUUCCCCGUAAGAAGUCCUCCGUUCAGGAGCGAUCUCAAGUCUGAACCCGAUCUGCAACGAUAGCAUCGCUUUCUAGACCGAUGAGCAAGCGAACGAACGAACGAGGGAAUAGAGGGAAAAAAAGGAACAGACGAACGGAUGGACGGACAUGUCCAGGAGCUCAAGGGAGUAUCAGAGCGUCCACACGAAUAGAGGGCACUCACUCACUCGUGAUUCCCCGCAUAUCCACUGUCCCCUGUCCCAACGUCUUGUCGCCAGUCCCAAGACCUCGAACCUGUCUUCAGAUGUGAAGGAAAGAUCGAGGCGAGCGAGUGUUUUCCACUCAGUUCAUCAUCUGGCACACUCGAGUUAGGUGAUUUAUUCCCCCGUGUAAUUAGACCAAGACGCCAACGAACGACCGAUCGAAGUUCGACCGACUGCUCUUCCAGCGAAGAAGAAGAGGAAGAAGAAGAAGACGCGAUCUCGACGGAUUCAAUUGACAAAUCAUCAGACAGUAGCGGAGUGAGAGGAAGAAUCCUGAAAAGUGCAUAAAAAGCAUUGCAUUAUCUUCGACAUAUCAAGUUACGAGACAGUGGUGAGGCAAUCUCGUUUGGUGUGUGUUUUCGUCAAUCGUGAGUCCGAGAGCGAAACCGUCACAACUGUGAAGCCUCAAGUCAAACUGACUCACUGACUCGCUGACUGACUGAGUUUCCUACCUACUAACUAACUGAGUGAGUGAGGGAGUGAGGGAGGGAGUGUCAGGCUAGCUGUGUGCCAAGUUCCAACCUCCUCUUGAUUCCCCGUUGGAAUUUCUGUGGCAAAGAGCUCAAUGAUCCCAAACAAUGCUGGAAAUUUGCAUCCACCCUCGGGUCUCGAGUGAACGCAUCAACUCCCAGACAAGAUUGAGCUCUUACUAAAGUGUGCCUUCCCGAAGUUCCCUGGCUCCAUCUUUUGGCUACCACAAUGAACAAUUGGCUCUCCACCUCAAACUCAGCCAUGAUCCUGAUGGUGGUAAUGGUAGUGGUUUUGGCUCAAAAUGGAUCUGGCAAAGAUCUCGACACACCUCCCCAGUCGUCCCCGCCCCCUCGAUCCGCCAGCCUCGUGUCCAUGGUGACUCCAGAAGAUAUCGAUUCCGUGGCAGUGGAACAACCCCAACCUCAAGCACCGUUUUGGACCAAUACGAAACGAAUGCAAAAACAAAUAUAUGCCGUACACAUCGACUCAGCGGUGACGUUAAAAUGAGAGGCGGAUGGCUAUCCCACGCCCAAGAUCGAGUGGUUCAAAAACGGCCAACCCCUCCGUGACAUCAUCCGGCCCAAUGUGGUCCCAUUCAAAGUGAAGGACAGCGAAUGGCAGAUGAAGAUCCGCCAAUUCCGCAUCUCUGACGUCGGAUUCUACACGUGUGUGGUGUGGAACGACUUGGGACAGAUCCAGCAUUCCUAUCGGGUGGAAGCCGUACAAGCCGUGCACAAUAUUGCACUCUUGACGCACAUCUCGCCCAAUCAAACGGUGAUGGUGAAGACGCCCGCCACACUUUCCUGCCAUUUCAUAUCCGACGUGGGCCACUCCAUGUACUGGUAUCGCCCUGCUUUCCAGAUCACGGAUAUGAGCAAAUUCGAUACCACAGACGAGCGGAAUUUCGUUCAGUUGUUAGCCUCGGACAACGUGGAUCUGCAGCAAAAUGAGCUACACAUCAAACACGCCGAGCCGUCGGAUGCGGGAUAUUACUUUUGUAUCGCCCACACCAAUCAGGGCGUCUCUCACGGGAGCGUGCAUCUCACCGUCCUGACUCCGGAUGAAGCCGUGUUCGAGCGACCCAAGAAUCUGACCGUGACAGAGGGCGCCACAGCAGCCUUCUCCUGUCAAAGCCAUGUCUCUUUGAACGCCGAUACCAGUUGGUGGUUCCGGAUCGAUGAGGAACAUGAGAUGAAGAAGCUCGCCCAGAGCACCGAGGUGCUCCGCCUGAAAAACGUCACCAAAGAGGACACGGGCGAGUACGUGUGCGUGGUGAGCUUCAGCAACGAUGACCAACUCAGGUCCCCCGCUUAUUUACACGUCAAAGACGAGACCCUGAUGGAGGCCACCGUCUCACAUCAGGACUUCAACAGGCUCAGCGUGGUGACGGGAUCCAUCUUGGUGUUCGCCGUGCUGCUCAUGCUCAUCUUGGCCCUCAUGUACAAGCGUUACCGCCGCGAACGUGUUCGCAAGCAGCAAGCCAUCGAGCACGCCCGGAGCAUCACCCAGUGGACCAAGAAGGUCAUCAUCGAGCGCCAAGCCGCCCAUUUCGACCCGGACGCCCCCAUCAUGUCGCCCAUCAUCCGGAUCGAGAAGCAGAGCUCCGUCGUGAAAAUGAACACGGCCAACCGAUCUCGUCUGGGAUCGGAGAACACCACUUUGACCACCGUGUCCGAAUAUGAGCUGCCCUUGGACAAGGAAUGGGAAUUCGACCGGAAGCACCUCCAACUGGGUCCCACGCUGGGCGAGGGAAUGUUUGGAAAGGUCGUGGAGGCGGAUGCUUUCAACAUCGACGGCGAUGGCACCACGAAGACCGUGGCGGUGAAGAUGCUCAAAGAAGGCCAUACGGACCAAGAGAUGAUUGACCUGGUCUCUGAAAUGGACAUGAUGAAAAUGAUCGGCCACCACCACAACGUCAUCAACAUCAUCAAUCUCCUCGGGGUGUGCACUCAAGAUGGUCCACUGUACGUGAUUGUCGAGUACGCCGAGCAUGGCAACCUUCGAGACUUCCUUCGCAAGUUUAAUGAGGUCCACAACGAUGGCUACGAACGUCCCAACUCCGCCUCCUUGCCCAAUCGGCCCACCAUCUCAGCCCGGCAGCUCAUCUCAUUCGCCAGACAGGUUGCCAAAGGCAUGGAGUUCCUGGGCUCCAAAAAGUGCAUUCAUCGUGACCUGGCAGCGCGUAACAUCCUCGUGGCCAAGGACCUCGUGGUGAAAAUUGCCGAUUUUGGCCUGGCCAGAGAUGUCCAUGCCCAGGACUACUACCGCAAGAUGGGCGACGGUCGAUUGCCCGUGAAAUGGAUGGCGCCCGAAACAUUGUUCCAGCGGCGAUACACGACCCAGUCGGACGUCUGGUCGUUUGGGAUCCUGCUCUGGGAGAUCAUGACCUUGGGUGCAAGUCCUUACCCCUCGGUGCCGUCCCUUGAGAAGCUGUUCCAGCUGCUGCGCGAAGGCCACCGCAUGGAAUGCCCGGCCAACUGUCCCAUCGACAUCUACAUCAUAAUGCGCGAUUGUUGGCAAGCGGAUUCGGCCAGUCGGCCCACUUUUGCCCGUCUAACGGAGGACUUUGACCGGAUUCUCACCUACGCCUCACGGGACUACCUCGAUAUGGGCUUCCCUUUGGAGUGCACCGCCCUGUCCUCUUCCACCGAGACCAUGGUCAUUGGCCAAUCAGAGAGCAGCGGAUGCAGAAGUGGCCUCUCCACAUCGCCAUCCUCAUGUUCAGGGCGUGCCUCGAAAUUUCCGAGAAGCUCCUCGCCUAUCCAAUAUUCGUCCACGACCGGCUUGAGCUACUACGGUCCGCAUAUUUAUGGCAACCUGGCCAACAAUCAAGGCUAUCAGAACACCAAUCACCUGACUCCCCGUCCUCCCACAUCGUAUCUCAUCAACUCAUCAGUGCCCAAGGAUGAGCACGAGGGUGUCAACUACACCCCACUUCUGGCCCCGUCGUCCAUGCCGUCGGAGGACGAGGAUGAGUCAGCAAUGCACGCCCAUCCUUCUCCGCCAACGCUAAAGGAGAUGUACAUCAGCCACAGCCAAAGCCAAUCCAAUCCAAUCCAGUAUUGCGAGCCCAUGAAAGUGGACUUUGAAGGUCCAGACUCUGUGGAAUCCCUCGAUUCCGCCAUUGACGAGAUGACGCUAAAUGAGUACCAAGAGCAGUUUGGCCAACAUUUCGCUUCGAGCGCCUUGUGAGAGCUCUCCUUCUACGAGCUCCAUUUGAGCUCCAUUAGAGCUCCAUUUUCUCGAUCCUCCCCUCCUUGUCAGCUUCAGGUUCUCUCCUUUUGUCCACUGAAGACAUCUGGAUUGAACAAUCAUCUUGACCGCCCAAAUAAACAAUUACCAAUGUGACGCCCACAAAGAUUCAUACUGCACAAAUCUAUAGGUUCUAAGUGUUAGCAGUAUGUACCCAUUGGUUGGUGUAUUCAUUCAAUGCUACUGUGUCUUUAUGUUGUGCCAAAAUUCGAGCUUAUUAGAUUCUGAAAUAAACUACAUGGUUGUGAAA